AUGGGGAUUUCUAAACUGGCAGAUCUGAUUCGUGCGGAAGCCCGUUCAGUUUUUCAUAAGCAAAUCGGCGACUAUGCAGGAAAGGCCAUUGCGCUGGAUACAUCUAUUAUUUUGAACCAGUUCCGUGCUGCAGUGCCUUCACUUAAAUUCCUGAGCCCUCUGACAGGUCUGUUCUUUCGCACACUAACGUUUCUGGAACAUGACAUAAAGCCAGUGUUUGUGUUUGAUGGAAAGCCUCCUGAGGAAAAGAAAGCUGUUCUUGAGAAGAGAGCUGAGGCUGUCGGUUGGCGCUCAAACAGCCAAGCAGGCAUACAAUCCUGUCUGACCAAAGACUGUCUCCAGCUCUUGAAGCUCCUGGGUGUGCCCGUUAUCCAGGCUCCAGGGGAUGGUGAGGCGCUGUGUGCCUGGCUGGUGAGAGAGGGAACUGUGGAUGCUGUGGCAUCAGAGGACAUGGACACCCUGCCGUUUGGAGGGAGUGUUCUCAUCCGUCAGUUGAACGCUAAGAGGGACAGUGAUGUCACAGAAUAUUCUUUACCCAAGCUCUUACAAAUUCUGCAGAUCACCCAUGAGGAGUUCGUGGACCUAUGUAUUCUUUUGGGCUGUGACUACUGUGACAAAAUAGCCGGUUUGGGUCCGAAAAGAGCUCUGAGCCUAAUCCAGCAGCACCGUACCAUAGAGAAAGUGGUUCUGAAUGUUAACAGACAGACACAUCCCGUACCACAUUUCUGGCAGUACAAAGAUGCGAGAAAGUUAUUCUUGGAUGCUCCACAAACUGAGGCUCCUGACCUGGUUUGGACUGAGCCAGAUGAGGAGGCCUUGGUCGAGUUCCUCUGCCGCAUAAAAAAUGUUAAGGAGCACAGGGUCCGCGGGCGAAUGGAGAAGUUUCGUCAAAUGCGUGAAAAAAACAGGAUGGACAGGGAGGAGGACAAGGCAGCGGGAACUAGCAGACAGACUAGAAUAGUAGAUUUCUUUCGAGUUACAAGGAAGAGACAGCAGCCAGUGGAAACUGGGGAUUCUGUGAGCAGCAAAAGAAAGACACCAGAGCUAAAAUAAUGUUUCCACCGCAUGGAGCUUGUUGGUAAUGCAUCCUGACUGGAACAUAAGAGUGGGCCUUUCAACAAGUUUACCCCUCAGUUUGUAUUCGGAAGUAUUUACCCCCCUUGUCAAUACAAUCAUUCCAUCUUCUCUUUACAGUUCUUCCCACAGCUAUGUAACCAAGUACUCGAUUCUUCAAUGUACAUGAUUGGGAAACCAACAAAAGGACUGUUUUAGCUUCCUGCAAACCCAUCAAGCAAUCCAGAGGAGGCAAAUACACAGCUGUGAAAGAGAACAGUGUGAUCUCUGUCAGUGAAGCCUGAUGCUCCCCUCCUCAGCCAAACCACGAGACAGGGGAUGUCUCACUGCAAGAUAUUCAAUGGGCACCUGUUGUGUAGAUGUGCCAAGUGAGACACCAAAGACUUGAAUUUUAAAACAACAUUCCUUAAAGUGGUAUUUUGUCAAAAGCGCAUUGUUGAAAAUGGCUCUUUUUAUGUUAAAGAGGAUAAGUCAUGGUUUCAUUUUGUACAAAGCAGCUGAUCAUGUAUUGAUUUUGUAUUUUGGUUUGUAAAUAAUGCUGUUGGUGUUUUGAAUUAAACCAAUAUUUAAGUUUGUA